GUUUAAAUUGACAUAGGUAGUGUUAGUUUGGAACACCCUGAAUAAUAAACCCAUUUGUCUGUCAUAGUCAGUUUUAUGGUAUGAUUAAAAUUCCAGUUGAGGAUCCGAGAGUCUAUUGUGCCAUCUGCAAACGUUUAAAUUGCAAGCAAUAUUUUGCACAGCCUUGGCCAUUGGCAAGGGUGGCCUGGAAAAGGAGCUCAUAUUAUUUAUAUUUCAGCCGGAGGAGGCUCUCAGGGUGCUAAUCACGGUAGUAAUCAAGGUGGUAACCCUCUAUUUGAUAGAAACAGUGACACAAUACCGCAAGGAGACAUGUCAGCAGUAAUUCCAAGCGACCCAGUGUCUGCCCUAGGACAAGAUGGAGUUAAUCCUUCAGGUGCAGAAGGAGCCGGACAUGAUCAAUCUGGACUUCCUGGUACAGGAUUUGGGUCAUCGCCUUCUUUACCAGGAGGAGGACAAAGCGACAUAGGAUCAGGUCUCCCACAACAACCAACAGCACAAAGACCACCAGGCGUCAACCCAUCGUACAAUGACAAUAACAGUGAUGAUGACGACGGAGAUGAUCCAGCGCCAUUCAACUUGUCACCUAAAAAAGGUGGUCCAUCUUACAACAUCUUCUUCCCGAUUGAGUUAAGGCAUCGAGCUCGUAGUGCCGCUAAGUCAAGUCGUAACUACAAUGCUAUAGCUAAUUCCUUUGCAACCGGUAGAAAGGGCAUCGCAAACAGUCACUCUUUAACUCAUGGUGAUGCAGCAACGCAACAGGCUUCAGCACAAGGACAAAUCGAGCAGAAGCCGGAAGUCUGAAGGGAGUGGUCCUUAUUGGAGUAGAAUAUGUUAGGUGUUUAUGUAUAUAGCUUGUAUAUUAUCGAAAUUCAAUAAAAAUACAAAUAACCAUCA